AUGGCUUAUUCUCACUGCUGUGAGAACGCGGGUCUGUCCCGUGAGUGUGUACCAGAGUGUGUGAGCCAGCAGACCGCCAGCUCCUCCCACCCCGCGUGUCGGCGCGACCGCCCCAAGAUACUGGGCUGCUUCGCUGACGGCCAGGACCAUGCGGUGUGCUGUGAGAGCUCGGGUCUGCCGGCAGAGUGCCUGCCCCUGUGUCGCGGACACCCCAUGGGUUCGAACCUGCUGGUCGCAACCUGUCUCAGCUACAAACACGAGGGGAUCAUUCUGAGCUGUCUGCUGGAGAGUAGUGGUAAGAUGGGAUGAUCCCUGGAGAGUAGUGGUGA